CGUCGCGAGCUGUGCUUGGUAGCGCUCUCUGGCAGCUGUGUUUAACGCCAUUUUGUAACGCGAACGCAAUAGCCAGUCUGUGGCUACUGUGCCCUGUGUCGGUCCACAAGUCCUCUCGUCCUUCGCCAAACGUCGUCGACGCUAAACGUUAAAAUAAAUCAUAAAUUCCAGCGCGUGUGUGCCGCCGCCAAUCGUAUCGAAUCGGUAUCGAAUCGAAUCGCAUCGAAUCGCAUAAAAUCAAAUCAAAACGGGUCAGGAAAGCUGGGAAAAGUCCGAGAAAAGUGCGUCAGCAGCCGUUGAAGCAGCCACAUCGCAUCAUCAGCGCUGAAAAUAAAUGUGUGCGACGCGUGUGAGAUAAAUUGGCAAAGCAACAGAGCCAACAGCAAAACCGAAAACGAAAAACAACCCCUGCUGCCGAUGUAAUAAAUGACUGCGCCGCAAAAUGAGCUUUUAGUUUAAUUAAUCAAAUGAAUAAUAAUCAGCACUAAAUAGUUGAGGCCAGUGGAAAGUGGAAAAGUGGCAAGUGCAAAGUGCACACACACACACACACAAAUGGCGGACUAGCGCCGGAUGUAUGGGAUACUGAGGACAGGACAUCGGCAUCGUCAAGGACGAAAAGGACCUCGCCCCCGUUGCUGCCGCUGUGAUUCAGAUUCAUUCUGGCCGCCCAACAAGGCAACAACAACAGCGAGCGCGGCGAUCACAGCGGCAAUAGUGGUGCGAUCGGUGGUGCACCGCCAUCUCUUAGUGGUGGUGGCAGUGUUGGUGGUGCGGCUGCAGGCGAUCCUGCGGGUCCGGGAGGCGGCGGAGGAGGAGGAGGCGGCGGGGGAGUUGGUGGAGGUGGCUGUGCUGCUGGAGGAACCGGAAACGGAGGCGGAAGCGGAAACGGAAGUGCUGGCGGGCCGGACUGCAGCAGCGACGGCGAUCCCAAGAAGACCUUCUCGCUGCACUGCUGUUGCGUGAUCGUCGACAU